AUGCCUCCCGCCGCAUUCUUUCCUCUUUCCCUUCUACCCUUCAGUAGAAAGACAAACAAGCUCAAGAUCCGACUUCUUCCCAACAUCAGCCAGCAGCAAGAAUUUGCCUCCUCAAUGUUCACACAUGAAGCAGUUGCAAGCAUCUGCUUCCAUAUUCUGACUGCUCAUCGUUCCAUCGUGCAGCUGUUCAACAUCCUUGGCACCGCCCUCAUGGGCCUCGUUCUUACCCAGGCUGCCCCUGCUUGUCAUAUCUCUUCCUCCUCCUCUGAGAUGAUCGUCGCUGGUAACAAGACCUACGCAAUCGUCCCUAUUCAGUGGACCGUUCAGAUCAACAACACCGAGAGCCCCUACAACCUUACCAUCGAGGGCACCAAGCAGGAUGUCUUCCAUAGCAUCACCAGGGUUGACCCCGACGCCGCAGCCAACAUCAACAACACCGUGAAUGCCAUUACCACUGCCCUCUUCGCCAAUCACACUUCUUCCGCCAUCCCUGGUAUCCACGACGACGCCACGUACACGCCCAUCAACCACUUCUGCAACGUUGCCGGCUGGGGUCGUUGCUCUGUCGACCGUCUGUACCAGGGCAUCGCCUACCUGGACGGCGUCCCAGGUCAGCCCUCCAACGGUCCAGGACCGGGCACCUGUGGCCGAGUUUCUUGCUCGUACUCCGCCGCUAUCUUCUGGUGCAACGAUAACAUGGAGACCAAGGUCCUAGAUAGCUUUGGCAGCAUCGGAGAUGGCGUCGAACGCAUCAUUGAUGUGUGCUCCGUGGGUAGCAGAGCUCUGGUCGACGGCCAGCAAUUCUUUUCUGACGGCUGGAAUGCCAUUGCUCGAUACGAUGCCUGCUAG